AGUCCGAGUUACUUAUGAAAGGCUGAAGAAGUUUGCAGAUGAUAGGGAUUCAUCAAAAGUUCACGCUUUCUUGUCUUCUUAUGGUUGGCCAGAGGAUACGAACUUUGAAGAGAUAGUUCCUGACGUGCUGAGCUUAUAUUUGGAUCAUGAACAGUGGGGAAGUGUGAAGAAGAUGCUCAUUUCUUUAUCAGCUCAGUCGGAAAGAUGGCAGAAGGAAGAGGAUCCUUCCUACUGUCCAGUGAAAAACUACCACCUUUUGCAAAUCUUAAGAAGACUUUCGAAUGAAGGGGAGGAGAUUUCUCUCCAGAAGAUGACCAGUUACGCAUUUGAGUUGCGUAGGUUGUUUCCAGGAGGUGAGUGUGAAAGGGCACUGCUCGAACAUUGUACUAAAUCAGGUGGAAGUUUCAAAGAAUUUGCGCAACAUCGUAGCACAGCUGCUACUGUUCGCGUUCUUUGGAAAUGA